AUGAAUCCACCAACACAAGAGAACAUUACUUCUGCUUUAGAUAAUUUGCAUAUUGAUGAUGACGACUUUACAAAAACUGGGGAGCCAAAUUCGGAUACACUAGUUUCACUUUCUAGCGUGGAACAACAACAACAACAACAACAACAGCAAUUUAAUUACCAACAACCACAAGGCGUACCACCGCCACAGUUCACUAUUCCACUGCCACAAAUGCCGCAUCCUCUGAACAUGAAUUCUGGUGUCCCUCCAAACUUCAUGGGAUUUAUGCCUUCUUCUCAAUAUAUGAUGCUAAAUCAAUAUGAAGAUCCAUUAUCAACCAGUAAUAAAAUUAUUGACAGAGAAGGUAACGUUGAAGGUCCUAACAACACAAACGCUUCUUCGAAUCCUCAGCUGGUACCACAAAACUAUAUUCCUGGUUUAAAUCCAAACUUUUUGAUCGGAAAUGAAAACAAUAAUGUUGCGAGUACUGGUACCAAUAUUAAUUCAGCUGCCAAAAAUAGCCUUAAUCAACAUGACACAGCAGCAAAGGCAACUGAUAAUUUCUGGUCUGCUACUAACGAUACAAUUCCCCCCCUUAUCCAAACAGAAGAUGCUAAAUUUGUUAGGGGCACAUCUUUUGCUGGUCCCUCUUCUUCCACCUUGGAGGACUCGUCCAUUGCUAUUGAAGAAGUUUCCUUUGAGGAGGCCUCUGCUGCUUUAGCUGCCUCUAUGCCUAGGAGUGGACCAUCUACUAGAAGACAAACAUUUCACGCUGUCUCAAGAACUGAUAUGUUAGAGGCGCCGCAAAACGGUGUUGCUUUGUCUGGUAGCAAUGCUGUUGGUUUUAUGAAUACUGAAAGUUCCAACAAUGGAGGUGUUAUUUCGUCGGUUUCCAGAACCCAAAGUACGUCAUUGGAGGGACCAAGUGGUCAUGUUUUCAGCAAUUCCAAUGUCACAACUAGUAAUAACAACAACAACAACGACAACAACAACAACAACAGCAACAAGAACAACAAUGACAACACCAGCAUCAAUAAGAAUUCUAACGAGAAACAGAUUGAAACUUCUGUCGGUAUUGUUGAAAAUCCAAUACCCCAAGGGCCUACUAGUUUAAGCUCUUUGGCAAAUGUUCCAUCUUUCACACCUUCUGCUGCUUAUCCGUAUGGUGGCCCGCUAAUGCAAGGGAAUCCAAUGUACUCUGGCCCUCCAAUGGGAAUAUCUCCAUUUCAUCAUCAUCAUGCUGCUGCUGCUGCUGCUGCUGCUCAUUAUGGUUUUCAUUCACCAUUUCAAUCUUAUUCACCGCUGCCAACAGGUCCAAUGCACCAACAACAAUAUAUUAUGGGGGAUGGAAAUUCUCUAGGCCCACCAACUGAUAUGAAUGGCACCGGUAUUAAUGCUACCAAGAAUGACGAUAAGAAAUCCAGUGGAUUUUUAGAGGAAUCUAAUGGCCAAAACAAUAAUAACACAGUGUCUAAUUAUCCCGGAUUGCCUCCAUUACUGCAAUCAAAUGAUAUUCCCCCACACUCAGUAUCUCCUGCUAACGGUAUGCCGUGGCUUUAUGGCUCACCUUCACCAUUUCCACCCCCUUUGAUGGGUGUGCCCCCAUUGGGACCACCACAGUCUCAUAUGCUGGAUGGAAACAACACACACAAUACAAACAUGAGAAUGAUGAAUCAAAACGUUUCUGGUAUUCCCAACAAUAACAACAUGGGGAUGCCGAAUAAUACCAAACACAAAAACAUGGGGAAUGGUAAGAGGAAUUUCCAUCGAAACAACAACAGCAAUAGUGGCAGCGGUGGAUUCAAUCACAACUACAAUAACAAUCGCAGAACACUUGGUGGUAACAACAGGAAUCAUAAUUAUCAUAACCAAAAUGCCGGUGCCGGUGAACAUUUUAACUCUGUUACAGCAGCAGCGGCAGCAGCCAAAUACACAGAUGCUACUUUGGAAGAGUAUAUUGGCAACAUUUACUCAUUAUGCAAAGAUCAGCACGGUUGUCGUUUUUUACAAAAGCAAUUGGAUUUAGGCGGAGAAAGGGCUGCUACUGAAAUUUUUGUUGAAACCAAAAGUCACGUUGUAGAAUUGAUGACCGAUUCCUUUGGAAAUUACUUGGUUCAAAAGUUGUUAGAGUGUGUUAGUAACGAGCAGCGUUUGGAAUUAGUCCAAAUAGCCGCACCUCAUUUUUUUGACAUUGCUUUGGAUUCUCAUGGUACAAGAGCUCUGCAAAAAUUGGUUGAUUGCAUUGGAAGUGAUGAAGAGGCGCAGUUGCUUGUUAAUUCUUUAGAUGGCUUAGUUGUUGAUUUAAGCAAGGAUUUAAAUGGUAAUCAUGUAAUACAAAAAUGUUUAACAAAAUUAAAGCCAAUGGAUUUUCAAUUUAUUUUCGACGCAGUCUGUGCUCAAUGCGUUGAUGUUGCCACACAUAGACACGGUUGUUGUGUUUUGCAACGUUGUUUAGAUAAUGGAGAGUUGCCACAGCGUGCCAAAUUAUGCGAGCAAAUUUUGAAAAAUGUGGAGAUGUUAAGUUUGGAUCCAUUUGGUAAUUAUGUUGUGCAAUAUGUAUUAACCAAGGAAAGCGAAUACCAUGAAAAUGAGUAUACCAAUAAGAUCGUGGAAGUGUUGAAACCAGAUAUUAUUAAUUUAUCGUUACAUAAGUUUGGAUCAAACGUCAUUGAAAAAUUAUUGCGAACUCCUUUGGUUUCUGCAAGAAUAGUGUCUGAUUUAGUCAACAACUGUGGCGAGGAGGGGAUUUCUAGAUUGUUACAUGAUUCUUAUGGUAAUUAUGUUUUGCAGACGUCUUUAGACGUGGUUCAAAAUAAAAAUAAAUAUUUAUUCGACUGUCUAUCAAAUAUAGUCAAACCAUUAUUGGUGGGCCCAAUAAGAAACACUCCUCAUGGUAGAAGAAUGGUCACAAUGCUACAGCUUGAAUGA